AUGACCUCUGCCCUUCUCUCACUUUCACCAGAACUCAUUUUCCGAAUUUUUGAUUUUCUAUUGUACUCUAUUUCAAAUCGGAAUUUAUUAACAUUUACCAAUGAUGUGAUGGAAUUGUGUAAAUUAGAUUUAAUAUGCAAGGAAUUUUCAAUGAAUACAAAUUAUAGAAAUUAUGUGGAGAACAAUUAUUGGAAACCUCUUGUCUUGUGUUUGUCUGGAUUUUCUGAGAGUCAAAUAACAAUGAUGAAGACUUUGACAAUGACGACAAAUGAAAGGAAUCUUCUUCAACAAGAAAAUAAUUUUAAUCUUAUUGAACCAGAUGUGAUGAACAUGUUAUCGAAACGAACCUAUAAGAAAUGUUUUGCAAUUAUGAAUCGUUUUUUAAAUCGCCAAGUACAUCAACAAAGGUUUCACACACUCGACAGAAAAGCACCAUCCUUACUCGUACUUGGACCAGAGGGUGUGGGGAAAACUUGUAUCAUUCGUCGAAUUGUGCAGAAUCGUUUUGACGAGUAUUAUGAUCCACCUUUAGAUGACUCAUUUGAAAAACUAUUAACCAUUAACGGUCUUAAUUUCAAGGUCACUCUGUACGAUGAUACCUCUCGAUAUGAUUACGGUAAUAUGACUGAGCAUUACAUACGAAAAUGUACCAGCUUUAUCAUUGUGUGUGAUGUCCAUCGAAGGGAAUCUCUUGAAGACGCUUGUUAUUUCAUUCGGAAAGUAUUCAGAAUUCACGACGAUGAAAAUGUUCCAAUUUUAUUCAUGAUUAAUAAGAUGGAUCAAGUGUUGCAUGGUGCUACUACUAGGACUUGUUCAAAUGUUGCAACAAUGGUGAUGACCACUGAUAGGGUUGAAGAAGAAUUGAAAUCUAUUGGUGCACUGAAUUAUGAAAUUGUGGAAACAAGUGCCAAAAUGAAUAAUAGCAAUAUCGAUGAACCUUUAAAACGUCUCAUUCAACGGAAUUGUCAAUAUCUUCCUGAUUAUGUGAAAAGUGAAAGAAAAAAGAUUAUUGAAAAUGAUUGCAACACAUGGAACGAAAGUGUGGAAGAAUUCAAAUCUUAA